GCUGCCUGCCGUUAUCCCGGUUAAACUCUUCCUGACAUUUUUAAUCCGUUAUAAAUUUCUCCGCCGUCAUGGUAGCCAAAGCCUCGGAUAUCUGGGUCUUACAAGACCCACCCAUCGAAUUCGCCGAUUUAUCCUCCGCCGCCGGCACGGAAAUCGCCGACACGGGCGGCCACCGGUCACCCUCCCCGCUGCAACACGGUCAUCCGCUAUCUCCCAACAAUUUACACGAUCCCCAUCAUCCGUUAAUUAACCACACCGCCCGUCACAGCACCACUUACAUCACGAUGCCCAUCUCCGAACUGUUUUCCCCAUUUUUCAUGGUACUACGCUGGGGUGGACUGUACUUCCGCUGCAACGUCCCGGCCAACAAAUCCACCGACCAUCUGUCGUUUAAGAGCAGCCAACGGGGCCGGUAUUUUUUAGGCAAACUCCUGGCGCACUGCGAUGCCCGGACAUACGAAGCGUUCUUCAUCUUCCUCAGCUUUCUCAGCGUCAUCAUCAGCUUAAUCGACGAAAGCCGGCUAAUCUACGUCUUCCAUUCACAGCUGACGAGCGGAACGGAGGUGCCGCGGCUAGCCGUGAUUGUCGACAAUCUGGAGACGAUUAAAUGGGCGUUCCAGUGCAUUAUCGUCCACAUUAUCCUCAUGGUCAUGUGCGGGCAGGGCCGGUUCCGUAUCUUAUUCGACGCGUGGGAGAACGUCCGUGUCCACUAUCCCGAUUCGCUGUCCACGGAGAAAGCGUACGAUUUCAGUCGGCGCUUCCGGCGGAAACAGCGCAUCUUAAUCUCCAGUGGAAUGGCGAUUUUAGCGCUGAACUGCUAUUGUCUGUUCGGACCGCUCUUUGUGCCGCUGAAAGUCUACGACCCUUUCAAAACCUACAUAAUGGAACCCUUUCAUCCGGACAAUGCGCUGAUCAAGACGCUGAUUGUCGUGGCGAUGAUACUGCGUUCGUUUGAUUAUGUGUUUAGUGGAACGCUUUUCUUGUUGAUAUCCGAUGCGCUGGUUCUGCAGUUUACGCAGUUCUAUAAUGAUCUCGCGGCGUCCAUCUCGGAGGAUGGAACACUACUGCAGCCACAGCGUUUAGAAUGGCACCGGUUAAAACACACACGGUUGUGCGCGUUAGUCCAACGCGUCGAUUCCAUUUUUUCGCCGUAUGUGUUAAUCGGGCUGGUGUCUGGGAUGUUCGGUGUCCUGGCGCAGGUGUUUGUUAUUUAUGAUUUCCUGAAACGCGGGGAUAUGGGCGUAAUUACGGUGCUGAGUUAUGUGUACUGGAGUCUGCUGAAUCUCAUACAAGUGCUGGUUAUAUUGUGGUCGGGAUCAAAGGUUAAUGUGGCGGCACUGUUGCCUCUUGCCAAAUUAUACGAGAUCGACCAGCGCACACUGACGGUGGAGCAGACGCAGCAUUUAACGGUCUUCCUGCAGAAAUUAGCCGGAUGCCAGACGGGCUACACCGCACUGGGAAUAUUCACUAUUGACAUGACCACAAUUCUUUCGUUGGCCGGUUUCUAUUUCACCUACCAGAUCCUACUCUUCCAAAUGCAGAACGACUCCUCCCUCGGAUCGCAGCUUCAUUUGCUCAAACUGCCGGAUGAUAUUAAAGAGGGAUUACGUCAGUUUCUCAAUCUGACGCGGAUUGCCCGCGCAUAAGCCGACAGAUGCUUAAUUAAAUUUUCGCUAUUUUAUUUGUAUCAAAAAUUAUGUGCGCUUAAUUACUCUAUGAAUGAAGUACUGUCUCUCGGGUUUUUCCCUUUUUUUACGGUAGAUUGUGAUGACCGAGGAAUAUUUACUUUGAAAAGUCAAUUGCGGUCACAUUCGCAGAAUGUAACUAAUCGGAUGAAAUGCUGUGCGAGAAACGAGGAACGACGGGAGGACUGCAUUCCCGACUGAU